AUGGCAAAACCAUCAUACAAAGGAGAUCUCCCGCCCCCACCACUCUCGAAACGCUAUCGUCAUAGUCGCGGCCAAGCCGUUUUACCGCCCACCCAUCAAGCAGAUACGUUACCCAUCCGAAAAAGUUUACAUUCAAUUUUAUGCAGAUUUGGUUCGGGAACAAGAAGAACUAACAGUAGAAGACGUUUCGUUGAGCGCUCGCUACGCUUGUCCCACUUUUUCCGAAUUCAUUCCGAAACCCGCAAAAUAAGCGCACAAACCGCACCCGAAGCGAGCCCUGUGGGGCUACGCUUGGUCGGGUUAUUGCCGUGUUCGGUUUGGGCACCGAAGGCACCUAAACUGACAACUCUGAAUCCGGCUCGAGGGACCACUACACCGUACGUAAUUGGUGCACGUCCGACUUCUUUGAUUGGUGCUGCAGCUAACCUCCAGGUUGGUGGUGGGGUUCCUGUUGUUGGUAGCGGUGGAAGCAGCAGUACCAGCAGUGGUUCUAUCAUUCAAACAUCUACUACUAGUGGAUCUUUUGAUUCGACAAGAACUGCACAGUCGACGACAGUGACGAAUUCGUGUCAGCAGUGCAAAUAUAAACAGCAACAACAACAACAGCAGCAGCAACAGCAACAGUUCCAACAGCAGCACCAGCAUCAACAUCAGCAUCAGCACCAACCACAACAACAGUGCAUCUACACACCGGUUCCAGUUAGCCUACCUGGUAGUUGCGGCGUUGCAUCUUCUAGUUGUGGUCUGUCCCUAAGGUGCGCCACAUCAACGGCCAAUAGUGGAGCUGUCAGUUCCGCACAUCAAUCAUCAAUCAAUUGUGCAUCCUUGGCACAUUGCUCAUCAUCAUCAACUUCAUCAGCCACAUCAUCAUCACUGUCAGCAGGAAUAUCUGCAGCAGGUGUACCAAUUGUAGCAGCACCAUUAGCUAGUAAUAAUCCAUCAUCUAUGUUAUUGGUACCGUUCGCCAUGCCGGGAUUUAUUCCCAUGCAAACUGCUGCUGCACCACCUUCAAAUGAUGGGAUUAUCCAACAGACAGCAGCAGUAGCAGCAGCAGCUCCAGUCAUAGGAGCACCAACUCCCCUUCCACUACAACUUCCACUACCGACAAUCAAUAUGAAUCCGAAGGAUACAAAACUACCAAUGAUCAUUCCAACUGCAGGUAUUCCAGGAGCUCCAAUACUCAAACCAAAGAUUGAUACAAGCAAACAUUUCCACAUUUUCGUUGGCGAUUUAAGCUCAGAAAUUGAGACUCCACAAUUGCGAGAGGCAUUCACACCCUUUGGUGAAAUAUCUGACUGCCGUGUUGUUCGUGACCCACAGACACUCAAGUCCAAAGGAUAUGGAUUUGUUUCGUUUGUCAAAAAGACAGAAGCUGAAAGCGCUAUUACCGCUAUGAAUGGCCAAUGGCUAGGAUCACGGUCAAUCAGAACAAAUUGGGCAACACGUAAGCCGCCUGCAAGUAAAGGUGAUCAAAACAUCAAGCCAUUGACAUUUGAUGAGGUCUACAACCAGAGCAGCCCAUCGAACUGUACAGUCUAUUGUGGCGGUGUAAAUAGUGCUCUAACUGCCCUCACCGAAGAGAUCCUUCAGAAGACGUUUUCGCCAUACGGAUCGAUACAAGAGAUUCGAGUCUUCAAGGACAAGGGAUAUGCUUUUGUACGAUUUUCAACAAAGGAAGCCGCCACUCAUGCAAUUGUCGGUGUGCACAAUACCGAAAUAAAUGGUCAGCCAGUGAAGUGUUCGUGGGGCAAGGAGAGCGGCGAUCCGAAUAAUGCCCAGACAAUUACCAGUCAGGCAUUAAAUCAAACCGGAUUCCCGUAUGGUGUUGGGGCUGCGGCGGCGGCGGCCGCUGCUGCAUAUGGCCAGCAAUUGGCUGGCUGCUGGUAUUCACCAACACCAACGUAUCCAGCAUCAUCGGCAGCGGCUGCGGUCACGCCAACGGCUGCAUCGGUGCAAAAUCAAUUUUUGCAAGGAAUCCAAGGAUAUCAUUUUGGUCAAUACGGCGGAUACCAACAGGGAUAUAUGGGAAUGGGGGUGCAGAUACCAACUACAUGGCAAGGGGUUGCAACUCAAGCACAAAUAUCCCCAGCACAACAAUUGGCGACCGGAGUUGCUGGUACUGGCAUCCCUCAAGCAACGGGGGUGGUAGCCUAUCCCAUUCAACAGUUUCAAUUACCAGAAGAUGAAUGGUUAGCAGCAAAUUUGUUAGUUUAGUUUGUUUAGAUCUCCCCCACAGGAAAUACAUUAAUUAUUAUAUGAAUAUAAAGUUAAAAAAAAUAUAAAUAAAUAAAUCCAUAUAUUUAUAUGUAUAAAUGAAUAUAAUAUUAAAUAAUAUUUAUAUAUAUAUAUACAUGUAUGAUAUAAAUUAUAUCCAAAAAAACAAGCAAUUAGUUUAACAGAAAAAAACAAAAAUACAAAAGUGUGGAUAAUUAAAAAAUGCAGUAAAUUAAUUGCUCUAAAAAGUUAUUAACAAAAACCGCAAUGUUACAACAAAAAAAAAAUAUUAAAAAUAAAAUGAAUAUAGAAAACCAAAAAAUAUUUUAAAAAUAACACACACACAAAAAGUUGUUCAUAACAAUCAAAUUUCCAUCGAAUGACAUGGGUAGGUAAAAUAGCAUAAAAUAAAUACAUAGAAUAAAAUAUAUAUAAAACAAAAAACACAACAAAUAUUAUAUACCAGCAUAAGAAAAAUAAAAACAUAACUCAUAAGGACACUAUUUUUGAAUUCAGAUAUUGGUAUUAGGCAUUAAUUUUAAUUUUUAAAUGUUUUUUUUUAUUUUAAACUGAAAUUUUUAGUUAAUUUUUUUUGUAUAAGAAAAAAGUUAUUAUCAUUUCAUUAUUGCAUUUGAUUGCUUUUUUUUGCUUAAAGGAAAAGUGAAACAAAGAGAUAUUAAAUGAUAAACCAAAAAAGUAAAUAUAUAUUAUAUAUAUAAAAAAACAUUAAUAUUAAACAAAAACAAAACAUAACAAAAACAUUAGCUAGUAGUUAAGUAUACCUAGUUAGUUUAUAGAUAAAACUACAAUAUCACACAACAUGACAUACAUAAUAAUAAAAUAUAUAAAUUAAACAAAACAAAAGAUAAAUAAUAAUAAUUGGAGCCUAGAGAAAAAAUAAACACACUUAGUUUGAUGUAUAUGUUUUGCAUAUGUUUAAAGUAGACGUAAUAAAAAUAGGUACACAAACAAAAAAUGCUAGUAGAUGAGUAUAUAUAUAUAUAAAUUGUAUUGGAUAAAAACAAAAUGGUGUUAUUAACAAAGUAAACAAAAAAAAUAAAGCAUAAAACAAUUAGGAAGAAGUAUACCUACUUAUGAUAAAUAUUUUUACUUUUUUUUAUUUAUAACAAAACAAAAUAAAAAGAUUAAACAAAACAAAAAAAACUAUAAACAAAUUCACAUACACAAGGGCAAAUAAUAUAUUAUAUUGCAAGAAGUGAGCGAGGAUAUUUAUUAAAGAUGACCAAAAGGAAUAAGAAACUAAUUAAAAAUAAAACAAAAAAAAAAAUUAAUUAACUUAAAUGAUAUUAUAAAUAAAAAUACUUCUACGUUAUGUUUAUUUGUUGAUGUUUGCGCUACAUAUCAGAAGAAAAAAAAUUCUCAAAUAGUUAACUUUAAAAAGAAAAACAAAAGAAAUGGAAAAUUAGGAAAACAUUGAGUAAUAGAAAUUUUAUAAUUGAAAACCUAGGCAAGAAAAAGAAAAACAAAAAAAAUCCCAAAAAACAACUACCGAUAAAAUGACAAAUCACAUUUUUACUUUGCACGUUACAUUUUUUAGAAGAUUUUUUAUUUUAGUGAUCAUUUUAUUUUGGUUUUUAAAAAAUGUAUCCUUAUGGGAGAAUUUAGGAAAUGCUAACGAACUCAAGGUUUAAAUAAUUUUGAAGUGUUUGCUAUUUAAAAAAAAAAAAAUCUUAAAAAUGAGAAAACUAUGUAACCUAAGUUGAAAAGGAGGUAAGUUAAAUUUAGUUAAAUGUUAACCUUGAUGUGAGGCAUGUCUUUUCAUACAUUCUAUACAGUUUAAAUGUUUAACUGCAACGAAAAUGAAGUUCAAAUAAGUUUAUUACUUAAAGAUGUAACAUCAAGCAUAAAAUAAACCUGGUUUCAUCAACAUAAAAUACUGAAAAAAUGUGGGUUAAGGGUGAGUUCGUAGGAACUUGCAGAUAUUGUUUCUGAAAAACUGGUAAAUGUUAGCAAGCAGCUUUUUCUUGAAGAACACUAAAAUAAGUUACGAUUCUAGAAAUGGGAGUUAUACUCAAGAUAUUGCUUCAGGAAAAUAGCUUGAUUUUGAAGUCAUUGUUCAAAAUUUUCUAAAAGAGAAGGAGGGGGUAAAGCAUGGAACCCAGCGACGCCUAAAAUUAGUUACUGGAAUGGAGCCAUUAAUCGGAGCUACGAGUAUACUCAAGCUCUUAUAAUGGGUUAGCUUGAACAUAGCUUGUUGCAUGCGAUAAAGUGAAUCAAAUAAUCACAGUUCCGUUUGUCAAAACUUGUUCUUUGGUGGGUACAAAAAGUCAUAUACAAAAAAGGACAAUUACACCGUUUGAAGCUUUCGACCAUAAAAUUUUGUUUCAAUGGAUAACCCUUUUCUGUUAAAGCAUUUCCGGAUGACUAAAGAGUUAAGGGUUCAACCUCAACAAAUUAGAGUUUUUUAAAAGAAGAGUUUUUAAAAAAGUUGUCAUGUAAAAAUGUCUUUAAGAGCUAAGUAAGGAAUUUAAAGGGAAGUUUUGGUGUGUUUGGUGUUAAACUUACCCCUUUCACUCUUUAACGUAGAAUUGUACAUGUUUUGAAGCUUUUAUUGUCACUAACCGGCAUUAUAGACUCAAGUGUAAGUAUAUCAAGUAUCAAGUAUGAUAAAGAUUGCGAUUUUAAAUGUCAAAAAAAUACUUAAUUCGAAGUUUUUGAUUUCAAAUUUUUGGAACUAUGAAUUUUUUCUAGAAGAGCUAUGAAAAAUGUGAAAGCUUAACAGAUGAAAGCAAUUCAAUAGAAAGUGAAGAUUUAUACAAUUCUUCAAAUUAAGGCAAAAAGGACCUGUAGUAGUCAAGGUGGUAUCCGUCGGAAACAAAGGGUGGGCAAAUUCUACGAGGGUCAACACCAUCAAUGACCCUCCCUUUCUAUAGGGAUCACUCUCUCCAACCCAUGGACAGUUCUGGUUUAAAUUUUGUUUUAAAUUUUGUUAGAGAUGGCAUGAAGUCGUAACCCCGUCCAGUGCUGAGGUAGCAAGAACCCCCCGUCGGCAAGCUAGUUCGUGCGUAGGCAAACAUGCCAAGCUACCGUGGCCUGGACACCCUCUCCAUUCUGCUGCCAGAAUAGGGCCCGGGAGCCUGUAGCCCGAGGUUGUAAUGGUAGUAAUUAAGGGAGAGGUUAAAGGUUAACACCGAAGUGGGUUCGUCACAGACUUAAGAUUAAAACUAAUCACUGAACUUAAGACGGUAAUAUCAAAAGAUAUAUGAAUUUGUCUGCCUUGAAAAAAACAAAAAAAGGUUGUUACACCUAAUCAAUAACCGAAUAUGAAUUUUUUUUUUACUUAAGACCUUGUUACCAAACGCCUUCUUACCUCAAAAGAAUUGUUUUUAAAAAAUUGGAAUGUUUUUUCUUCAAGUAAUUUUAAGAGCAAAUUGAGUUAAGUUCCUUGUUUUUCCUAAUUGUUGGUUGUCAGACUUUAUUAUUACUUUUGCGACUUUAUCUUUUUUUCUCAACUUUAUUCAUAUUUGAAAACACGUGCAAGUUCGAAAUGACAACAAACCAAACAAGUCUUAGUCAGAGACCCCAACCAAUCUUAUGAUUUAAAAACACAACCACUGUAACUUAAAAAACAAACUUUUUAAGUAGUUCACUUGGGCGUAUACGUAACAUUUAUAUUAUAUAGAUUUUUCUGGCUCAUUAUUGUUUGUUGCAGUUAAAGAAAAAGAAAGAAAAAUGCUAAAGUAAUGACUUGAACAUUUUUUAAUUCAUCAUUCAAUAAUUAAUUGAUGGCUCUGACCUUUGUGGGAAGUAUUUUAGGUCACCAAUAAUCCUGUAUUUGAGAAAAUGCUUGUGUUGAGCAAACAUUUCCAAAAAUGUCUCUGUCAGUGGUAAGAACUUCGUUCCGAAUUUUAGUUUAUGAAGAAAUAUUAGUUUCAGUAGAACUGAUUUCAUGUCUGAGUUUUGAAAAAACUAAUUUCUUCGCAGUGCAUCAAAAAAAAACUUGAAAGAGGUACUUAUUAUUGUGGAUUUGAUUCCAAACUACAGUCAAAUGAUUUUUCUUCGUUCUUUGAGAAAACUAUGAAACUAAUCAAAGAAUUAGAAUAUAUUCCCAGGUUACAUUAGAUUUAUGGUUUACAAUUAAAAAAAAAGACCAUCAGAACUAGGCUAAUUUAUGAGCAUACAUGGUUUCCUCAUUUAAGUGUUGUGAAGCUUAUUUUUUCCUCCAAAAAAAAUAUAAAGCAACAUAAAAAAGGACCUUAGAUGCAUUACAUACACACAAAUAUACUGUUCAUGGGUAUUGAGUUAUUUCACAGAAAGAGAAAAAAAAAACAAAUACAUGUGUACAUGGUACCUACCAUUCCUAGUCUACAUAUAUAUAUUUUGUUUUAAUAUAAAUUUAUUAAAAAAGUCCAUGCUGGCGCCACUCUAAUGAACAUUUAUAUUUUUCUACUUCUACAUAUUUUCUAGCUGCUGAGAGAGAAAGAAAACCUUUUCAUUUCAUAAAACAUACAAUUUAUUAAGCUUAAUUCUAAAGGGAAUUUCAUAACCUCCGGGGUUCCCUCGUUUCGUUUCGUUUUCAUAUAAUUUGUAUUUUUUUUCUUCUACUCUCUGUGUAUUGCAGCUAACCAACCCCUGAAGCUUAUUCAUUUCAAAAAAUCUAGAUUAGCUUUGAAAAAAAAAUAUACAUAUACAAAUACAUAUUCAUAUAUUUUAUAUUUCUAUAUAUAAAAAAAAAAUCUAGGAAUGGUAUAGAAAUUGAGUUGAAUUUAUGUAUCUGUGCCUCGACUCAAUGUUUACUUUUUAUUUAGCUCCCUAUAUCAACCUUACUUAUAAUUGUAUACCUAUAUUGCAUGUUGAAAAAUCAGUGUGGAAAUUAAAAUAUAAGAAAGGUACAAUAUACGACCAAGGUAUGCUUGCCUGCCUACCUACCUUACCUUUACCUUACCUACAGUAAAGCAAAAGCUAAAAGUAGACAAAUUAAAAAAAAAAAGAGAAUAAGGCUUAAAAAAAAUUUCUAAAACAAUGAAAUAAGGAAGUUAUACACAUUUAAUUAGAGGACUCUGAGUAAUUACCUUUACUAACCUAAUUAAGUUGCACUUAAAUUCAAAUUGCAAUUUGACAAUGCAGAAAAUUUGAAAAGAAGACGCUCCAAUGCUUACCACAAUAUGAUAACUUUUCUAUGAUGUCCUUAAAAAUUUGCAAAUGAUAUUUUUAUGUAAAUUUGUAGCUGGACUUAAAUUUAUAGAAACAAAAACCUGCAAAUUGGAUUUUUUGAGAAAUUUUAACAAACUUUAAAAAACGAUUUUUUGUAUUGGAUCAAAUUUGUUUAAAGUCAGUAAAUUUCUUUUUUUGACUAUAUUGGAGUCGAAAAUUGUACCAUAUGUCAGAAACAUCUAUUCUCGAGGUACAGUUUGUGAUUUCUGAAUUACUUCGAUUAACUUGUGGUGUAUGGAUUCAAAGAGCGCUAUCAGAAAAUUGAGGAAAAUUCGAGCAUAAGACCGUUUUAUGGAUUUAAUAAUCUCUUCGGUUUUGUUGCUAUUGCAGUCCUCCUUCGUACACUUUUGUGUUUUUUUUCAAGAGUUUUUCAACGGGUUGAAAAAUAUCAAAUAAAAAUGAAAAAAAGGAAACUUACCUAAGCUUUUUUUCAUAAAAGUAUUAAAGCUUCAACAAUAGAUUAAGUAUCUCGGAAAGACGAACAAUUAUUUCUAAAAUAGACAAUUAGACAAAUUGACCGAGAAAAAUCAGGUUUUAGUAAGGUUAUGUAGAAAAAUACGAAAAAGCAAACACGUCAAAAGAAUCAAAGUCAAAAGCUUCAGCAAUUCAAAACUCCAUAAGAUACAAUUUAGUAAAAUGUUUUUCUAAUUUUUAUUUUUCUCUAAAUUUUAAGUUAAUUAAAUUUUAUAUUUUGUUAUUGUUGUUAAUUUUAGAAAAGAAACCAAAAAAAAAAACAAAAAGAAAACUUAAAAAUACGCACAUGAAACUAAACACACACACACGCAGAUUAAGGUGUAUAAUAUAGAACUAUGAACAAAAACCAAAAAAUUAUAUUCAAACCUAUAGUAAUAUUGUAUUCUUAAGAGAAACAAAACAAAAUGUUGCAUAAUUACAUAAACAAAACAAAAUUAAAAAAUUAAAACUAACGUGAAACAGAAAAAAAAAUGUAAACAAUAUUUAUGUAGUAUAUAUAUAAAUGUAAAAUGUAAUAAAACAUAAAAACCAAAAAAGCAGAAAACUUUUUCGAUAAGGCGAAUUGCCAUAUUUAGUGGGGAUAUAAAAAAAAAUAAAAAAUUGUUGUUUAGUUUAUAUAAACCUUAAACAAAAAUGCUAUUGGAGUACACAUACAAAUUAUUAAACAAAAACAAAAAACAUAUAUAUUAUAAAACAAAAAAUAUAAAAGAAUUAGUCAAUUUACCACUGAUGUAACUCGGUUUGGUUGAAUGCAAACAAAUAAUACAAAUCAUGAAAAAAGUAUUACUAACUUAUUAUACACUCAUGAAUACUAUAUAUAUAUACACACAUAUAUAUAUAUAUUUAAAAACAAAAACAAAAUAUUUAUUAUAUUUAAAAGCAGAAAGUAAUAUUAAACAAAAUAAAAAUUAACAUUAAAUGCAGAUGUGAAAAAAAAUCAAAGACGAAGGAAAUAAUUUAAAAAACAAAAUAUAAAUGUUCAAAAAAUUAUUGUUUAGUAUCAUGAAACCAAAAUUACCUACACACAUUAUUAUAUUAUUUAAGAAAAAAUACAUACAGAUACAUAGAUACAAAAAAAACAUUAAUUAAAAAACAAUCCAAGCUAACACAAGAGACCCAUACAAAAAAAAAAUGUUUACGAAUAUUUAUAUGCAUUCAAAAUGUAUAUUAACUGCAAUCAAAACUAAACCAAAAAAUAGAAAUACAAAAAUCCAAAAUCCAAAACCAAAAAACAACAAUGAAUA